UUGUGCUUGUUCUUAAACUUGUUUCCUUAAUUUUAGGAAACUCUUUACGCAGAAUUCUUUAGAAACACGUAAUUCCUUAUAUAUAAAUCUGAUUCACAAUAUAUAUAUAUAUUACUCCAUAAAUAUAGUGAUAUGAUAACCCUAAUCAAUUCAUUCAGCCGUAUCAAAUAAUUCGACUUGUUUAUUUCUCUAAUAAUAAUAAUUUCAAUCUAUCUUCAAAUUUGUUCAGUAUAUUUUUUUGUUAGUGGAUUUGAAUAAUAAUUAACUGUGAAAGAUGACCGGAAUAAGUAACGGCGGUGACGCGGCGAAAGGUGAUUGGUCGUCGAUAGUAAAGGGAUUUAGUCGUCAAGAAAUCGAAGAGCUAUUGCUGUCUCAAAGGUUUUGUGAUCAUUGUGAUCUUGCUUUGCAUUCGCAUGUUCAAUCCAUCAUUCAUAGGAAACGAACAGAUAAAUCGUCGAAGUCAACCGAGGGUAAUCUAGAAUCUUCGGUCAAGAGUUUGUCAAUUGGAACUCCAGAUAAGAUUCGGUCAGGAAGUAACAAGUUCUCCCCAACAUCAGUUGACAAUAAACAAGUAAACUCGGCAAGUCGAUCAACACCUAGUAGACUGUUGGAAAACAGAUUGGCGGAAGGUGAAUUGAUGUCCGAGGAACAGAAGGAAAAGUUACAGUUUUCGAAAGUUGGAAGGAGAACCAACUUUACACAUAUUGAGAAGGUUAAUGGGAGGAAUGUGAAUGUCCUUCAAGGGCUUGAGCUACACACUCAAGUGUUCAGUCCUGAGGAGCAAAAGACGAUUGUUGAUUCCGUGUAUGAGUUUCAACGUAUGGGCCAAAGGGGACAGCUUAGAGAGCGAACAUAUACAGAACCUACAAAGUGGAUGCGAGGCAAAGGCCGUGUUACAAUUCAAUUCGGUUGUUGCUAUAAUUAUGCAGUGGAUAAAAAUGGGAACCCUCCGGGAAUAAUUAGAGACGAAGAAGUUGAUCCCCUGCCUCCAGUGUUCAUACAGAUGAUCAAAAGAAUGGUUAGGUGGCAUGUCUUGCCCCCAACUUGUGUCCCCAACAGCUGCAUAGUGAAUAUAUACGAUGAAGGGGAUUGCAUUCCACCACAUAUUGAUCACCAUGACUUUCUUAGACCAUUUUGCACCAUAUCAUUCUUGACCGAAUGCAACAUACUUUUUGGAUCAAACCUCAAGAUUGUUGGCCCUGGAGAAUUUUCAGGCCCUGUUUCAAUACCCUUACCUGUCGGAUCAGUGCUCGUAUUAAAGGGUAACGGCGCUGAUGUUGCCAAACAUUGUGUCCCAGCAGUCCCUGCCAAAAGGAUUUCUAUUACAUUCAGGAAAAUGGAUGAAAGUAAGAUUCCAUAUGAUUAUUCACCUGAUCCACAAUUACGGUUUAUAACUCCACUUGGAUCACCAUCACAACAAAAGCAGGCCGUAUCUAUACAAACAUCUCCUCCUGCUCAUGCUACUCCUCACCCUCUUACUGCUUCAAAGUCAAACAGUCCAUCAUUGUUUAAUGGAGAAAACGAUUUCCCACCUCUAGGAGCUGGAACUGCAAGCCAACAACGUGGUUCCAAGAAGAAUGUUUACAAGGCUUGAGGGUUCGGAAAACUGUCAUUUGUUUUGUUGUCUGUGCUCUAGAAAUUUAUUUUGCAAGCAAAAAAUAAGUGGCUAUUGAUGUGUUGUACCAUUCAACAAGUAUAUGUUGUUUAUUCUUUAUUUUUGGUAAAAAUUUCAAUUUCAAUUUUUAAUACAGUAACAUAUUUGAGAAGUUCA